AUGCUGCCUGGAAGAGCCUCGUGGAAUGGCCUGAUAGAAACCCAAAAAGAGACACAUGAAAGUGAAGUUUCCAAUAGCAGCUUAGUCAAUGCCAAUGAUGAAGAUAGAACAGCCAAAAGCAUCUUCUGUUGGUUUUUGAGCUCUCUCAUUUCCUGUUGCCUUGUAGACAUGGAAAAUCAGAUUCGACUUCCAGGAUAUCCUAACAAGAUAAGUAAAACAAGAAGGCUGACAGGCAAGCGCUUGAUGCUGAAUCCACCAAUUAUCAAUUCCAUAGCCAAAAAGAGGGUCUUGAGUUAA